AUUGUGUUUCUUCUUCUUCGAAUGUCUCCUGAUUUCUUUCUUAAUUAAAAAAAAAAAAAACUCCGGCGGUUCAGUUACCGGAAAAUCUAUAAUUCUUUGCCGGAGAACAGAAUUUGUAUUUUUUUUAAAAUUGUAGUUUUUUUUCCAAGGAUGAGUAGCGUACAGAAUACUGUAGAUACUGUAAAUGCUGCCGCUUCGGCUAUAGUUAAUGCAGAGAGUAGAGUUCAACCGUCUACAGUUCAGAAGAGAAGAUGGGGAAGCUGCUGGAGUCUAUACUGGUGUUUUGGUUCUCACAAGCACAGCAAAAGAAUUGGUCAUGCCGUCCUUGUUCCUGAACCUGUAGCACCUGGACCUGCUGUUCCAGUUACUGAAAAUCCAAACCACUCAGCCACCAUUGUAAUUCCUUUUAUAGCUCCUCCUUCUUCUCCUGCAUCCUUUCUUCCAUCUGAUCCUCCUUCUGCAACCCAGUCACCCGCUGGAUUACUCUCUCUCAAAGCCCUCUCUAUCAAUGCAUAUUCUCCCGGUGGGACUGCGUCUAUUUUUGCAAUUGGUCCCUAUGCUCAUGAAACACAGUUAGUUUCCCCACCUGUUUUCUCUACCUUCACUACUGAACCAUCUACUGCUAAUUUUACUCCCCCACCUGAGCCGGUGCAUAUGACAACUCCACCUUCACCAGAAGUGCCUUUUGCGCAGCUUUUGACAUCAUCACUGGCCCGCAACAGAAGAUACAGUGGGUCCAAUUAUAAGUUCCCGCUGUCCCAGUAUGAGUUUGUGCCUUAUCAAGAUCCAGGAAGUCCAGGUAGUAAUCUAAUAUCUCCUGGUUCAGUAGUAUCAAAUUCUGGUACCUCCUCACCUUUCCCUGGAAAAUGCCCUAUUAUUGAGUUUCGUAAGGGGGAGCCUCCGAAAUUUCUUGGUUAUGAACAUUUCUCCACUCGCAAAUGGGGUUCAAGGGUUGGCUCAGGAUCAUUAACGCCAAGUGGCUGGGGCUCUAGGCUAGGUUCUGGAACUCUGACCCCGAACGGUGGAAUUUCAAGGCUAGGUUCUGGUACUGUGACUCCAAAUGGUGGGGAACCUCCUUCCCGAGAUAGUUACCUAUUGGAGAACCAAAUCUCCGAGGUAGCAUCUCUUGCCAAUUCUGAUAAUGGUUCUGAAAUUGGGGAAGGUGUAAUUGAUCACAGAGUUUCAUUUGAAUUAACUGGAGAAGAUGUCCCGAGUUGUAGAGAAAAGGAGCCCGUCAUGUCGCAUUCUCAACCAACUCUUCCAAUGGAUGUGUCCAAUUUGUUAGCCAGUGAAAUGAAAAGUGGUAGCUCUAUGGCCGAAGAAAAAACAUAUGGAUCGCCUAGGAAAGCUUCAGAAAGUGGGGAAGAUGAAUGCCAUAGAAAGCACCGGAAUAUCACCUUUGGCUCAAGCAAAGAUUUUGAUUUUGACAAUGUGAAAAUAGAAGUCUUGGAGAAGGACAGUAUUGACUGUGAAUGGUGGACAAGUGACAAGGCUGCUGGGAAGGAAUCAGGUAUUCAAAACAACUGGACUUUCUUUCCUGUGUUGCAACCAGGAGUCAGCUAAGGUUAAAAAUCAAUGUUAAAACGCACCGACGUUACUGCUUCUGGUAAUAUAUAUAUAUAUAUAUAAGCAAGCUGGGAAUGCAAAUUUCAGGCAUAGAAAUCUAAUUGCAGCAAACUUAGCUUUAAAAUUGAAGAGUUGGACAGACUUGUGCAGUAAUUGGUGUUUAAUUUGGUGCUCAGAUAGUUGGUCGGUCACCUGAAAAUAUUCCUUUGAUAAAGGACUUUUGUAUACACCAUAGAAUAUGUUUUGAAAAAGAGAUGUAAAUGAUUAUUAUUUCUUGAAAAUGAGAAUUUCUCACUUGUUUAUGGUAUCAAA